AGAUCCAGAGAGCCAUGGGGCGGAGUCAGAGAAUCCAAACCCAGGGUAAAUAAAGGGUGUGUCCCCCGGUCCAAGGCCCCUGAGACCUAGAGACUCCCGCCUUCUGGAGGCCCGCAACAAAGCGCUGAGUCACGCUGACUGACGGCUGGCGCUCCGCAAACCUGUCCUCCCUUUGCUGUGUCCCUGCCGCUGUGGAGUCUAGGCACCUCCGACUGUGGCCUCCCUCCUGGGCCUGCGCUACUGCCCACUCAACAUCAGAACUUUCUUUAUAAACUUCAAAAUGGCAUCCUCUAAAAAGGUUACUCUCUCAGUGCUCAGCCGGGAGCAGUCAGAGGGGGUAGGAGCACGUGUGCGCAGAAGCAUUGGCAGACCCGAGUUGAAAAAUCUGGAUCCAUUUUUACUGUUUGAUGAAUUUAAAGGAGGAAAGCCGGGAGGAUUUCCUGAUCAUCCACACCGAGGAUUUGAAACAGUAUCUUAUCUUCUGGAAGGGGGCAGCAUGGCCCAUGAAGACUUUUGUGGACAUGUUGGUAAAAUGAACCCAGGAGACCUACAGUGGAUGACUGCAGGACGAGGCAUUCUGCAUGCUGAGAUGCCCUGCUCAGAGGAGCCAGCUCAUGGCUUGCAGCUGUGGGUGAAUUUGAGACGCUCAGAAAAGAUGGUGGCGCCUCAGUACCAGGAACUGAAAAGUGAAGAGAUCCCGAAACCCACCAAAGAUGGUGUGACAGUUGCUGUCAUUUCAGGAGAAGCCUUGGGAAUAAAGUCGAAGGUUUACACUCGCACACCAACCUUAUAUCUGGACUUCAAGUUGGACCAAGGAGCAAAGCAUUCCCAGCCUAUUCCUAAAGGGUGGACAAGCUUCAUUUAUACCAUCUCUGGAGAUGUAUAUAUUGGGCCUGAUGAUGCUCAACAAAAGAUAGAACCACAUCACACAGCAGUCCUUGGAGAAGGUGACGCUGUCCAGUUGGAAAAUAAGGACCCCAAAAGAAGCCAUUUUGUCUUAAUUGCUGGGGAGCCAUUAAGAGAACCAGUUGUCCAACAUGGUCCAUUUGUGAUGAAUACCAAUGAGGAAAUUUCUCAGGCCAUUCUUGAUUUCAGAAAUGCAAAAAAUGGUUUUGAGGGGGCCAGAACCUGGAAGUCAAAGAUUGGAAACUAAUGAAGAGCUGAGACGCUGCCACUUGGAUGGACUGGCCAUUCGGUAUAUUAAAUUUCCAAGGCUAGUUUAGCUGGUGCUUCUGAAGCCACAUUAAGCUGGGCUUAGUGAUGCAGAGUCCUUUAAUCCCAGCACUCUAGGAGUCAGAGACAUUGGGUAUCUCCGAUUUCCAAGCCCAUCUGUCUUGAAAAUGGAAAAAUAAAAAAUAGAAUUCCACAUUAAAAAGAUGUUUUUUUGUAAUGAAUCUUCAGAAUGCAUUAUAUUCAUGUUUGAAAUUGUCAAAGAAUAUGUUUAAUUUAAAAAGGAAAACUACAAACAAUAAAAAAAUGGCAGUAACAUAUGUAAAAUAUUUCCUGAUACAUGCAAAUAAUUUUACUUGUUGCUUUUAAAAAAUCAAUGUUCUUCAUUUGGUAGAAAUUAUUAAGCACCUAUAAAAAUUAAUUGCUAUUUA